AAUAGGAGGGGGCAAGCUGGUCUGGGGCAGCUUUCCGACAGGAAGCGACCAGUAACGGAGGCAGCAGGGCCGUGCGCUCUGGGGCUUGCGGGGCCCUGUUCUCAGCUGGUUCCCAGACGCCCCCGUGGCUCCAGGUCUGCGGGGAGGGGGAGCUGCGGAGCGCCCUCCGUCGACCCGCGUCUUCCUUUCUGCUGCUGAGCCGCUCCUCCAGAAGUGCACCUGCUCAGCUCCCCCGCCCCCUCCCCCGCCCUCGCGGACCUGGCGGCGUCUCCGUGCCCCUUCGCCUUCCAGAGCGCCCCCUGAGUGCAGGACAGACCUGAUGCCGCUGCCGCCGAAUAGAAUGGCAGGUUUUCAGAAAAGCUGUUAUGGAACUAUGGCUGAAGGUGAAGUGGAAGAUAACUGGGUUGCUACAUCCUCCUCUCUGAGGAUCAUCCUGGUGGGCAAAACAGGCAGUGGGAAAAGUGCCACAGGGAACAGCAUCCUCUGCCAGCCAGUGUUUGAGUCCAGGCUGGCGGCCCGGUCCGUGACCAGGAGAUGCCAGCGCGAGAUGGGAACGUGGAACGGGAGGAGCCUCCUUGUCGUCGACACGCCCCCCAUCUUUGAGUCCAAGGCCCAGACCCAAGAGGUGUACGAGGAGAUCGGACACUGCUACCUGCUGUCUGCCCCAGGGCCCCACGUGCUGCUCCUGGUGACCCAGCUGGGACGCUUCACAGACCAGGACAGCAUGGCAGUGAGGAGGCUGAAGGAGGUGUUUGGGGCAGACGCCAUGAGGCACGUGGUCAUGCUCUUCACCCACAGGGAGGACUUGGAGGGCCAGUCCCUGGAUCAGUAUGUCACCAACACGGACAACCUGGGCCUGAAGGGCGCGGUCCUGGAGUGCGGGAGGCGAUUCUGCGCCUUCAACAACAGGGCCUCUGGGGAGGAGCAGCAGAGGCAGCUGGCGGAGCUCAUGGCUGUGAUCGCGGGGCUGGAGCGGGAGCUCGGGGGCUCCUUCCACAGCAACGACCUCUUCUUUCAGGCGCAUGUGCUGCAGCAAGGUGGACAAGGGCCCAUGGAAGGAGACUACAGGCGCUUCCGGGACAAGGUGAAGCUGCAGGUGGAAAGGCAGAGGCAGGAGCUGAGAGAGCGUGAGAGCAGCUGUGUGCUCCAGGCCCUGCGCAGAGUCAAGAACUGGGUGACUUCCCACCUCAUCCUCUGUGCCUUUCUCACUAUAUGCGCUUUGAUUUUUCUUGCCAUUUUGAUUAGCCAUUUUGAUUAGCGUGUGAGUUACUGGUGGAUGCUGAGCGUUUUCAGGCGAUGUCUGCCGUCAGCUUUGUUUUUCCUGAAUGAGCAUCUCUGUGUGUCCCCUUUGUACCCAGUUUCACCCUCAGUUUCUCUUCCUUGUAUCAGACACGUCAUCCAUGUUUAAUUCAAAUGCUUUUAGGUAAAUAAAAUCCCUAGAAAAAUAUUAUGAUUUUUGUUUUUUAAAAAAUGGUGAGGCUGAAUAAUAAAGCCAUGGAAUGUGUGGGGACUUUUUUUAGAAAGCUUUUGCUUAAUUAACAGAGAUUUUUUGCAUACAGUUUUAGGAAUACAGCGGUUCUUCCCCCGUAUCCACAUUCCCACCCCCAAUCCCGUCCCACCUCCUACUCCCUCUCCCAUCCCAUUCUUCAUUAAGGUUUGUUUUUAAUUAGCUUUAUAUGCAGAAGACCAACUCUAUACUAAGUAAAGAUUUCCACAAUUUGCACUGUGUGGAGACUCUGAAGUAGGACGGCGCCCGAAGGUCUCACCCUCAGCCCGACUUUCUCCCCUCCAGAAGCCACCAGCGAAAAUGUAUCACUUGAAAAGCAUGGACUGCCUCAUAAAACCUGAUGAAUGGUGAAUUUUGCAUUUCUUAUCAUUUUUGUAUGUGAAGAUGAACCAUACUUCUUUCUCUGAUUUCUUCAACCGGGUUGGGCUACAUGGUUCUGACUGCCACAUCCAGCGUGGAGCUGAUUCCAAACAUAUGCAGGAAUGUAUGCAUCAGCCCCUCAAGCCCUGGGAACCCCAAGAAGCUCUGAGCUGUCAGGCCCAGGAGCAGCUGCUCAGGGCAGUGUUUUCAAAACUGUUCCAACCAAGUCGGUCUGUCGCCUCCCCAGCUUGAUUUAGUCCAGCCCCACAGACAUUUGUUAUGUGAGUCUGAGUGUCAGUGUCCAUGCUAGGCACAGGAAUAGGAGAUAAACACCAGGUUUCUGCUCCACAAGGGUGACCGUGCAGUGAGGGAUGCAGGCCUACAGAGAUGGAGUGUGAGGGAGGGUUUCUCUUACAGAAGUGACAUCAGAGAAAAGAGAACACAGCUCACUUGACAGAGGCCUCUUGGACAGGGUGAUGCUUGCCAUGAGUGCAAGAGUGUGCCUGCUCCACCAGGUCAAAGGAAGGGGUUGGGGACAAGCAGGUGCAGGGAGGGAGGAGCUUGGCAGAGGCAGGGCCUGUGUCUCACCCUCAAGGGCUUGAUCAUUGGAUGAUUACCUCCUAAAUGUCAGAAUAUCACUGGAGGGUGCAGCGCUAUAGCACAGUGGGCUAAGCCUCUGCCCGCAGCGCCAGCAUCCCAUAUGGGCACCUGUUCAAGUCCUGGCUUCUCCUCUUCUGAUCAGCUCUCUGCUAUGGCCUGGGAAAGCAGUAGAAGAUGGCUCAAUAGGCACUGUGGCAUAGAGGGUAAAGCUGCCACCUGCAGUGCUGGCAUCCCAUAUGGGCACUGGUUCAAGUCCCAGCUGCUCCACUUCCAAUAUAACUCUCUGCUAUGGCCUGGGAAAGCAGUAGAAGAUGGCCCACAUCCUUGGGCCCCUGCAUUCACUUGGGAAGACUCAGAGGAAGCUCCUGACUUUGGAUCAGCACAGUGCUGGCCAUUGCAGUCAAUUCUGGAUUGAGCCAGUGGAUGGAAGACUCUCUCUCUCUUUGCCUCUCCUUCUCUCUCUGUGUUAACUCUGACUUUCAAAUAAAUAAAUAAUAAAAAAGAAGAAGAUGACCCAAGUACUUGGGCCCCUGCACCCGCAUGGGAGACCUGAAAGAAGCUCCUGGCUCCAGGCUUCAGAGAUGCCCAGCUCUAGCCGUUGCGGCCAUUUGGGGAGUGAACCAGCAGGUGGAAGACCUUUCUCUCUAUCUCUCCCUCUCUCUGUCUGUGACUCAACCUCUCAAAUAAAUAAAUCUUUAAAAAAAAAAACCAGAAAGUCCCUGGAGCCAAUUUUGAGCAGGUGGGUAUAUCACAGAAAGAUUGUGUGGCUAUAAGGUGGUAGGUGGUUGAUUAUGUAAAUGCAAGCCUAGGACAGGGAUAGCAUUCAGAGGAAAAAAUCUGCAUUGGAGACCAGCACCUGUGCUAUCUCAGCAGCAAGGGGGAUUAAGUGGAGGGGCUGCAUGUGGGAGACAAUGAGGAGGAAGGUGAGCACACAGUAGUCACUGACUGCAAUGCUGGAGAGGACACCAGGGUGGCAGUGGGUUGAGCAGAGAAUCUGCAGUGCAACGCUGGCCUGAAGACCUCCAGGGCCUCUGCGCAGCAGACAAGGGGUGGUCACGUCCUCCCUUCAGAGAAGGCCUCCGGCCAGGUGUAGACUUGAGUGCUUACUGCAGCCUCCCUCCAGGCAUGUGGCUGGCUCAAGCCAGGUCUCCCAGUCCAGACACUUGCCCCGUGAGUAGUGCUGCCCAGGCCCUGGCUGAUGUCCCUGCUUGCUGGCUUCCAGGGCAGUAGGGCCCGAGAGGUAACCCAAAGCCAUUGUACCAUAUGAGUGUUCACUUCUUGUAGAGGAUUCAAAUGUGAGCUCUGUUUGUCUUGUGCCUCCUGCCACAAAGGUGAAGAGAA